AUGUCUUUUCCCAACAAGCAGCCGGACUGGAACAACCUCUAUGUCUUGCACCGAAACACGCUUCCCCCCAGGGCACAUUUCUUUUUGUAUUCCAGCGAGGCAAAAGCCUUAUCCUUUGACCAUGAGCAGAGCGAAUAUGCUUCACUAAACGGGACCUGGAAGUUUCACCAUGACAAGUCCCCCUUUGAGGCGCCUGGGUGGGAGGGUGUUCUGGGCUGGGACGAUAUCAAAGUCCCAGGCAUGUGGCAAGUCCAGGGCUAUGGCCGCCCGCUAUACACAAACGUCAACUAUCCGUUCCCAGUUGAUCCGCCUAAUGUUCCCUUCCUCAACGAGACAGGGUCAUAUUGGAGGGAGUUUACCGUUCCCCCGAAUUGGAUCGCUCAGCAGGUCCGCCUUCGAUUCGAAGGCGUUGAUAGUGCCUUUCAUCUCUGGAUCAACGGCCAGGAGAUCGGCUACAGCCAGGGAAGUCGGAACCCUAGCGAGUUCGACAUUACCAGCGCGUUGAAUGACUCUGGACCCAACAGCAUUGCGGUGCGCGUUUACGAGUUCUGCGAUGGCUCAUACAUUGAACGGCAAGACCAAUGGCUGCUCUCUGGCAUCUUCAGAGACGUAUACUUGAUUUCAUUUCCAAAGACGGCCAUCACCAACUUCACAACCGUUCCUGAGGUUUAUGAUGGCUUCUCAAAGGCCGUCUUGCGCACUACAGUCACUGUUCAAGGGGAAUGCCCCGGACUCGUCAAUGUCAAGCUCAUCAGCCCCAAUGGUACUACAAUCAAGACGGAUUCAUUCGACCCGUCUUCCUCAAAUGUCAUUGAAGUCUCGGAAGGGCUCAAGCUGUGGUCAGCCGAGAGCCCUGCGCUGUACACAGUGAUUCUGUCGUACAACAAUAGAUUCAUCAGCCAACGCGUCGGUUUCCGGCGUAUCGAGCAGAAAGGUUCUAACUUCCACGUCAACGGGAAACCCAUCAUUUUUUACGGCGUCAAUCGGCACGAACACCACCACUUAUACGGCAGAGCUGUCCCUUAUGACUGCAUGAAGCAAGAUCUAGUUCUUAUGAAGCAAAAUAAUAUCAACGCUUUGCGAUGCUCCCAUCAGCCGAAUGACCCCAGUUUGUAUGGGCUGUGCGACGAGCUUGGGCUCUAUGUUAUUGCCGAAGCCGACCUCGAAACUCACGGCUUCGAUUCUGUGGAACGAACAAAGAUUGAGAAUCAGCACUUGAUGAAUGGUCUGGAGAUCCAAGAGAUCUCCUACAAGGCAGCUGCUAGGUGGACCUCGGAUAGUCCGGAGUGGAAGGAGGCAUACCUUGACCGUGCCAUCCAGUUGGUGGAGCGGUUCAAGAACUACUCCUCCAUCGUAUUCUGGUCGUUAGGCAACGAAGCCUUUUACGGUCGAAACCAUGCAGACAUGUAUCAUUGGAUCAAGGCCUUUGACCCGACUCGUCUGGUCCACUAUGAGGGAGACCGUGAAGCCACUACUGCCGACAUGUACAGUGUUAUGUACGCUUCAAUCGACGACCUCAAAAAACAUGUGUCAGAGAAGACGGAUAGACCUUUGAUUCAAUGCGAGUACGGCCAUGCGAUGGGUAAUGGUCCCGGCGGUCUCGCAGAGUACAUUGAGACGUACCGUUCAGAGCCGCUGUUGCAGGGAGGGUUCAUCUGGGAAUGGUGCAACCACGGAUUGCUCAAAAAAGAGGGCAACACCUCGUAUUUUGCCUACGGCGGUGACUUUGACGAUCAUCCCAACGACGCAGAUUUUGUCUUGGACGGCCUGGUUGGGUCGGAGCACAAACCCAGCCGCGCCUUGGCAGAGUAUAAAAAGGUCAUCGAACCUGUCUCGGUCUCUCUCAAAGGGGAAAACCUCCUGGAAAUCCGAAACCACUACGACUUUGCGGAUCUGGGCCAUUUGAUCCCCUCGUGGUAUGUCGUCACAGAGUCUGGGAGAAGCGAUCCAGUUCAGCUGUUUCUUCCCCAGGUCAAGCCCGGCGACACUGUCCGGGUAAAAGUGCCUGAUGGGGUGAGUCGAGGCAAAGAGACCUGGCUCGUCAUCGAUUUUAGGCUGGCCGAUGCAACCAUCUGGGCACCGAAAGAUCACCUAGUCGCCUGGAGCCAAGUUCCACUAUUCGACCAUGAACCCAAGCUCUCCCUCACCCUGCCAUCCAUGAAGGUGCUUGGCCCAAUGGUUGUACGAGAGCUACCGGGCAGACUUUUACUCUCGUCGCCUGACUGUCAGUCUCACUUCAAUUUGGACCUGAUUCAAGGCAGCCUGCAGUGGUCCGGCGAAAAAGGAAGAAUCCUGAACAAAGGACCCGAGCUUGGGCUCUUCCGCGCCCUUACUCAAAACGAUGUUGGUUUUGGUGGUGAUGCCGCAGAAUGGAACAAGUUCCGUGUCGGCGCGUCUAAGAUGUUCAUUCGGUCGGUGACUUGGAAAGUCAAUGACGAAGGUGCCAUUACUGUGAAAGCCAAGGUGCGGGUCGGGCCAACAGCCCUUGAAUGGGCUUGUAUAGCAACCUUGGAAUACCAUUUUACGCCCAGAUCUGUCUCAAUAAAAACGACAGGGGGCUUCUCUGGUACGCACCCAGAGAACCUACCGCGCAUUGGCUUCACUCUUUCCCUUCCCAAACGCUUUGACAGAGCGGAGUGGUUUGGCAGAGGACCGGGGGAGUCAUAUCUGGACAAGAAAGAAGCAAGCCAGAUUGGACGUUGGGCAACCACCUUAGAAGAGAUGGAGACUCCAUACGAGUGGCCGCAGGAGUACGGAAACAGGUCAGAUGUCCGGUGGGCCAGGAUCGUAUCAUCUGAGGUAGCUGGGCCUCAGUUGGAGAUCAGAAUGGACAAACCAUUCAACUUCUCCCUUCGAAGAUAUGCCACGGAUGAUCUGCAUGAGUCGAGGCAUCCUCAUGAGCUCACGGAGCUGAAUGAGAACAUUCUGAAUGUAGACUACAAGCAUCAUGGUCUGGGCACUGGCAGCUGUGGACCUGCACCGUGGAAGCAGCAUAGGUUGAAGGCCGAGGCGUUUGAGUUUACCAUGCAGAUGACGGUUUUAGACUAG